UCUACUGUUUCCCGGUUGGUCGUGUCGUUGGCGAGUGAUUCGAGUUUUCCUGGUGUGAAAAACCUUCGAAAGGAUUCGUGCAGUGAAGGAAUUUUCGCGUGUGCCACCAGAACCAGCUGUCUCCUGGUGCUUCCGUCCGCUGACCAGCGUGUGUAAGGAAGGGUGUUUCCUGUGAUAGAAGAGAAUAUUUUUUCCUCAAUCAGGGAAGAUUGACAGUUCUGUUCCUAGCCAAAUUAGAACAACAUGACUGGAACCGAAAGCAACGCCGUGAAGGCCGUCGAGUCUGCCUCCGAUAGCGAAGACCAGAUGCCAGAGUUCCUAGACGAUCCGGCUUACAUGUGUUCGGCCUCGCGCCGCAUGAUGAUGAAGGAAGUGAUUAAGGCGCUGCCCGGCAAUGUACAACAUAAGAUCAACGCCCUGAAGCAUCUGCAGAAGAAGUAUCUCAAUUUGGAGGCGAAAUUCUUCGAGGAAGUGUACGCCCUGGAGUGCAAAUAUCAGGAACUGUAUCAGCCGCUGGUUGACCGUCGGAAGGGCGUCAUCGCUGGGGAAACCGAGUUGGAAGCCGGUGAAGCCGAAUGGGAAGAUGAGAGCGACGACGAGAAGGAGAUCGAUGCCGAAGUGACGGAGCGGUUCAAGCGUAUGGCGCUGAAUUACAAGAACCAGCACUCGAAGGUCAUCAAGGAAUCGCAGGGCAUUCCGGCGUUCUGGUUGACCGUGUUCAAAAACACUCAGACCAUGGCGGACAUGAUCCAACCGCACGACGAAGCGCUGCUGGAGCAUUUGACCAACGUCAACAUUGUGUACAAAACCGAUCCGAUGAGCUACGUGCUGGAGUUCCACUUUUCGCCGAACGCCUUCUUCAAGGAUGCGGUUCUGACCAAGACAUACUUCAUGCGGUGCCAAGUGGAUGAGGAGGAGCCUUUCAGCUUUGAAGGUCCCGAGAUCUACAAGUGCACCGGUUGCUCGAUCCAGUGGAACCCGAGCAAGAACGUGACGGUCAAGACGGUCAAGAAGCAGCAGAAGCACAAACAGCGCGGCGUCAUCCGUACCCUGACCAAGACGCUGCCGAACGAUUCGUUCUUCAACUUCUUCAACCCGCCGCAGGUGCAGGACGAUGACAAGAACGUCGACGAUGAGACCCAGAUGCUGCUGGCGUCCGACUUUGAGAUUGGACAUUUCCUGCGGGCCCGCAUCAUCCCGAAAGCCAUCCUUUACUACACCGGCGAGGUGAUGGAUGAGGAUGACGAUGGUGAUGAGGAAGAGGAGGAGGAAGAAGAAGAGGAUGAGGAAGGAAUGGAAGAGGAGGAAGGUGAGGAGGAGGAGGAAGAAGAGGAAGAACGGCCACCGCCGAAGAGCCGGAAAAGUCGCGCAGUCGGCGGCAAAAAACAAAAGGAAGCCCAGAAUCCGGCCGAAUGCCAACAACAGUAGGAAACAAUUCGAUAUUCUGUGUAAUCAUAUUAUUUUCUUAUCCGCUUAUUUGGAAUAAUAUGUUUUUAUUGUCCGCAAACUUACACUCACACAUAUACACAGAAACGCGCAUACACAUAUUAUAAAUGCAUAAUGAACUAUAUAUAAAAUAAACAGGAUUGUUGCGGAUUGCUCGAACCGCGGAAUUGGAGUUGACUCUUGCAUAAGCAAUUAAAUGUUUUUGCUCGAAUAAACACACGAAACGCCGGCCGGAUUUAUCACCUAUGUCUGUUACGAUUCCUUCCUACCUAAACACCUCUUAAACCAUCCGGAAUUGUAAAAUCUAAUGCAGCUUAUAAUAGAAAAUUAAAGAAGAAGAAACAACACCAUCAAGCCACCACUACAACACCGGUAUUUAACUGAAACGAUGCAUGUUCAAGUUGUCAGUUUAAUGAAACUGUGUUUUUCUAUCGCCCGUUUGAAUGUAUCCCGCUGCUAAAGACACACAUACACCGCAUCGACAUUUCAAUUCUCAAAACUCCCAAGUGAAUAUGUUAACGAUGAGCAGUUUCCUUUACUAUGUCUUAAGAUAAUUAUUAUUUUUUCUAAUAAAAACAAUUAGUACUCGUA